AGAUAUGUCUGAUUUCAUGAUCAGCCGUCGUUGUUAGAUAAAAGUAGAUUUAGGUAAAUAAUGAAAGAAUAAUUGUGUUAGACGAAGUGCCGAUUCAUACAGAUAGGAUUUUAUGUUCUAGUGCUAUAAUUUGUGGACACCAAAAUAAUAAAAUUAUCGACACUGAUAAGUAAAAAAUGGCAGCCCUUCCACGCAGAAUAAUUAAAGAAACUCAGCGUUUAAUGGCUGAACCUGUCCCAGGAAUUAGUGCUGUACCGGAUGAUAGUAACGCUCGGUAUUUUCACGUUAUCGUAACGGGCCCCGAAGAUUCCCCAUUCGAAGGGGGGCUUUUUAAACUAGAAUUAUUUCUUCCUGAAGAUUACCCCAUGUCUGCACCUAAAGUAAGAUUUAUAACUAAAAUAUAUCAUCCUAACAUCGAUAGACUUGGUAGAAUAUGCCUUGACAUUCUAAAAGAUAAGUGGAGUCCAGCUCUACAAAUUCGUACAGUUUUAUUGUCCAUACAGGCCUUACUUAGUGCUCCAAAUCCAGAUGAUCCAUUAGCUAAUGAUGUUGCAGAACUAUGGAAAAUAAAUGAAUCAGAAGCAAUUAGAAAUGCAAAGGAAUGGACACGACGAUAUGCUAUGGACAAUUAAUUGUGCUCCAAAUAAAUAUGGGUAAAAAACAUAAUAAUUUUACAUUUACUAGUGUAUGUUAUGUUUAUUUAAUUUAUAGAUCAAAGUAGAAUUCUUAUGUUUGUUACCAUACAGUUGUAUAAAAUAUUGCUAAUGAGAGAACUUUUUAAAAUAAUUGAUUUAGUUUUCUUAAAUUUUGAUCACAACCUUCAUUGUUAUUCAAUAGUGUAUAUUUGAUUUUUAUUAUUACAUCUUAUUUUAUACUUCAUAAUUGUAUACCUAAUAUCUACCAACAGAAUUCCUGUAUUUAAGGCAUUGUAUAAACUAUCACCAACGUGAUGAUGGUAAGUUGGCACACAAUAGAAGAUGGUGUGAUGAUAGUGACAAUAGAAUGGCCAGUGAUGGUUUUUCAGAUCCCACUUCAUAUUUGGGUAGCAUACAAAAAGUAAAUUGUGUGUUCCUACUUCAGUUUGUCCCUACAAUGGCAUAUUUUGGAAGAUUAUUCAAUUAAUGCUUAAAUUGUGUUUGGUUAUAUAGCAACAUAAUCAGUAUCCAUUCUUUUGUAAGGAAAUAACAAGAAAUAAACAAACUUGCCAUUAAAUGGCCCUUUGUUGAUAAGUGGUUGUAGAUAGAAAACGGCUCCAGCCAAAGUCUAUACUCAUGGUUGUCAUUGUAGUGGGCCAUUAUGGAGAGGAUCUAUCAAGUAUUUUUAUGUAUAUAUCCACUACUGGAGCCUUAAUAAUUAUUAAGCUUUAGUUUCAAUUUUCAGUCUAGAAGAUGCAAAAAUUAUCAAAUAGUUAAUGAAAACACUUUCACUAUAAGGCUAUGUUUUGUAUUAAAUACCAGCAUUUUUUAUUUUACGCUUAGUGUGAAUAAUGGUUCCUAGUAGGAAAUAUCUGGUAGAACUAUUUUGUUUAUUAAAUAUUUAGUUUAAAUCUAAUAAUCAGUUCUUUUAUGUUUACUGUAAAUUUAAUGUUUGUUACUGAAGCUUCUCUUUUUGUGUUAUAUACUAGGAAUUUAAGUAAUUAUGUGGUAUAAAAGGAUCAAGAUGUAAGCUCUAAUAAUAGAGUAGGUAUUUUAUGUACUGUUUUUAUCUAGUGUGAGCUAAAGAGGCUGAAACUCUAGAGUGGUAUUCUCAAAAUUGUUUUCUGCUCAGUUACAGCUCCAAUAUAUUUUCUCUGUACUAUUGUCUGAAUAUGUAUACAAUAUAUAUAAUUAUUCAGGUACAGAAAUGAAAAAAAUGCUGCAGUAUAUUAGAUAUUUAUUAUAUUAAAAUUGACAGCAUGAAAGUAUAGGGAAAUUGAUAAAAUAAGAUAUAAAAAGAUAUGUUCAAUGAAAGGGUGGUGGAUGAGCCUGCUGAUUUUGAUAUAUUUGUUCAGAUAGUGGACUAAUGCUCGAUUCUGCUUUCCUAUUUCUUAUUCCACAUUGAACAAUAGAUGCUCUUUAUUAUAUCAGUCAAAGUCUACAUUUCAGCUCUCUAUAAGUGGAAUAUUGUAAAUUGAUGGAAGAUUAUUUCAGCUUUUGAAUAAUUAUAUAUUCAUUUUUAAUAGAUCUAAUCUACUACUACUCUACUAAACCAAAACAAGUUAAUUGUGUUUUUAGGCUGUUGUCAGAAGUAAGUUCUAUUGGACUCUCUUCUUAUGAAGUAAAUUCUGCUAGAGCUUGAGGAUGAAAUGGAUUGAGGAUCCACAAAAACAGUUCUUAAAAUUAUUUUAUGCAGGCAGUAGUAUAAUCAGAGACCAGAGAGCAAUUCUUAUGAAACAACUAUUUCAUUAAAUACCAUGGAAUAGUGCAGUUAAGACAAAAUUUUGUUUUUCUGAAUUACUGCUUAUCUAUUUUUUUUUUACAAUAGUUGCAGCUUGUUUCUAAAUGCGAUAAUUCUUUACAACUUGUUAUUUCCUUGCAAAAACAGAAUGCAUUAGAUUUAUCAAGUAUUUGUCCAGUUUCACAAAACAUUCAUAACUAUAUCUUUUUAUUCUGUGCCCAAAAAUAAUCACUGAAACUACUACUCCUUUGAUGGUUACUAGUUGUUUUAGUAAGUAAGUAAAAGAUCCAGAAAAGAAAAAUGGGAGUGCCAAUGCACACACUUAAGAAAGUUCUGCUAGACAUUUUAAAUCAAAAGUUAACAGUGAAAUAAAAUAUUUUGUAUGUAUCUCUUGGAUACAUUUUCAGUCUUACUUAUAUACUAAAUACUAUUGUUUUUUCCUAUUAUUUAUCUCUAUAGUAAUAUAAUAACCAUCUGAUUUUAUUAUUUAAAAGUUUCAGAUUAAUGGUAUCUUUAAAUACAAUUGUUUUGCUAUUUAUCUCAAUAAUAAAUAUCUGAUUGUAUUAUUUAAAAAUGACAGAUUAAUUGUAUCUUAGUUUUAGAUAUUUCUUAUGAAAUAAUGCAAUGAAGCAAAUUUAGUUUGAUAAAAGAGCAAAAUCUUUUACUUCAAAAGUUGAUAAAAACUAGAAUUCACUAUUUUGUAAACACAGCCAUACUAUUUUUAUGUUUCAUGUUCCAUCUAUAAUUAUAUCCAGAAUGCAGAAAAUGUAACCCAGUUUGUCUUUACAUUCAGUAAAUUCAUAUUUUUGGUUGAGCCCUUAACAAGUCUAGAAUUCAGUUUAGAAAGUGUGAAGUGUUGGAUUUGACAUUCCUAGUUGACAAUUUAGCUCAAUUUAAUUUGGUUGGUUUCAUAAUCAGAAGUGGAAUAGUAGACAGCAUUAUUGUUUUUUUACAGUGUUGAAUUACACAGUGUCUUUUCCUGUCUAGCUAUGUUCUUGCAUUCAGACUUCUCUUGUGCCCUUCUUUUUCAUUAUCUUAUAUUCAUAGUUGUUAUUUUUUAAUCUUUCUGUAGGAUUCCAUCAUAACAUUUUCUAUUGGCAAUGUCAACGAACUACAGGGGGCGCUUUGACAGAUGAUCAGCUGAUCAUGCAUGUAGGAAAACAAAACAGAGCUACCAUAAUCUUUGUAGGUGAAUGAUUGUUGUGUCUAAAAAUUAUCGGUAUUUAUUAUCUUCCAUUUAUUUUUUUUGUUAAUGCAAUGGCAAAUAAAGAAAUUGUUAGUCUGCUCCAUAUUUUGAAAUAUAUAGGAGACACAAAAAGACCUUUAAAAGAAGGCAAGGCCUUGUUUAAGGCUGGCCACGUUGUGUUGUGUAGCAAAUAUAAUAUCAAAUUGGUCGGUUUGUGUCUGCAAAUAACUAAUUUAAAUUGUGCCCCACAUGAAAUCACUGUGGAUGUGUUAAGAGACGAGUGUGGGUGGCAAAAUGCACUUGUAAAGCCUGCCAGUGAGGAAUGUGCGUGUGUUUUAUUACGCAUUAGUCUGGCAUUCACCAGGUCCUCAUUGUUUUUCUUUCGUUUUCCUUCAAGAAGGCAUUGAGAGGGAACAACACCUUUCUUUGAAAGUUUCUUUUGCCCUGCGGCACAAACAAUUUAAUUAAGAUCUAUGUUAGUGUAUAUAUUUGGUUAGGUAGGCACAUUAUAUAUAAUAAAUGUUGCAAUUCUGUUCAGAAAAUUUACUUGAAAAAAAAAUCUAUUGAUAAAAAAUGUUGUGAACACACCACCAUAUCACUUGAUAUCGAUUUCCCAAUUUUUAAUUCCUGUGCCCAACGAUCUUGUAGAUUUUUGUCACCAGGAAAAAGUGCAUACUUAUUCCUUCCAAUCGAUAAUUACUGCAUUGCGGUGCAGAGCAAUACAGUUUACAUUUACUUUUUAACAUUUUGUUACCUUAGUGUGCUUUAUUUAAUAAUAUUUAAAAUGUUUAUAACUGUGUUAUGUGUGUAUAACUAAAUACAAAAUGUUUUGUUAUCCUACAUGCACUAGUUCAAAAUUUUACCGCACCGUGCCGCCUCUUUCGUUUGACAUCGCCAAUGAUGCUUUUAUAUUGUUUUGUCUCUGGACAUGUUCUAGCUUAGAAUCUCUACAAAAUACAUAAAACAUCAUUCUCUUCAUUCAAUUAAUUAAUCUGAUAGUUUCUUCUGAUUCUCCAAGUGAUGUCCUCCUCUUGAACUAGACCACAUACUUUCCUCAUUAUUUUUCUCUCUCCUCCAUAUUAUUUUUAUUAUCAGGUGUCCUUUUGACUGUCGAUGAGCCAGAUGUCAUAACGUUCAUUAAAACACAGCGACUUAGAUGGGCUGGACACAUAAUACGAAUGCCAGAAAAUAAAUUGCUAAAAAGCUAACCACAGGAACACCUGUAGGAAAAAGAAGUAAAGGCCGACCGCGAAUUAGGUGGUUAGAUGGAGUAGAAACCGACUUACGAAUAUUAAAAAUCAGAAGAUGGCAACAUGUUGCCAAAAACCGAACAGAAUGGCGACGAAUCUUAGAGCAGGCCAAGAUCCACAGAGGAUUGUCGAGCCAAAGAUGAUGAUGUACAAUUGCCACAGGCAAUAUUAAUAUUGCCAGGAUAUUAUUUUUAUUAUCAGGUGUCCUUUUGACUGUCUGUACUUUGUUUUUGUUUCACCUAUUUUAGCCUACUGUUUCAUGCUUUGGGAUCAAUUUUCUUGAACACUCCCAUUAAUUGUUCCUUGCUCAAGCUUUUUCUUGAAUCAUUCUUAGGGUCUGAAUCUAUUGUAAAUAAUACCUUGGUUAAAAUAAUUUGAUAUUCCUAGUUGACAAUAACUGUCUUUUUACCUUUUCUUGGAAAACUUAGCUGCAUUUAUUUUGGCUACAAUAGUUGUCAUUGACUGCUAAAUUCAUCUUGAGAAAAAAGUCUGAAAAUACCAAUGGCAUCUAGUAUUGAAACUUUAGCCUGUAAAACUGGCUGCUUCACCUAAAUUGUCAAACUCAAUGAGGCAAACUGUCUAAACCAAAUUCUGGUAUACUUAAGGGGUUGACUAAAAACAUUCCAUAUCAUGUUCCAUAUUCGAUCUUUGAAUAAUAAUAAAGCGAUGUCGCUUUUUAAAACAAUAAUCUUCAAUAAUAAUUAUGUGAAAUAAUACACAAAAAUCAAAAUUUAAAACAUAGCAUACUACUGGACCAACUGAGUACAAAAGUGAAAGUGUUUACCAUGUAAGUUAAUUUUUUAGGUAUAAUUGAUUAUGAAUGUAUUCAAGAGUAUUUCGAUAUGCUUCAACUAUGUAAUGUUUAGCAUCAAUUCUGUGUAUAGAAACACUUAAAUGAUGGAUUGUAGUUUGUUGUAAAUAAAGGUAUGUAAGGCUUUUUACGAAUAAAUUCUUUUCACU